UGACUAAAAGUGAAAUAAACCAUAUACUGAACUGUUUCUAAUAAAAAGCCACCGUCGUCGCUUCCACUUUUCUGGCAGGGGAAGCGCUCAAUCUGGCUCGCCGUUCGCUUCCAGGAGUCAAUUCGGAGAAAUCGCUGGAGGACGUCUCUCAUUUCAGGCCGCUUCCUUCACACUUCACUCUGUUGCAGGCUUUUAUUAGCGUUCCCUGUCGCAUUCACGGCUCCGUUGCUCGCUGUCAAUCUCUUAGCAAUUCCCUUGUAGAUGAGCACAGGUGGGGCGUUUGGUGGGAAUAGAGGAGCGAGACCAGUGCCGCCAGAGAAGGGAGUCUUCCCUUUGGACCAUUUGCACGAAUGUGACCUGGAAAAGAAAGACUACCUCAACUGUCUGAAAUCUGGUGGUCACCUAUCAGAAAAAUGUAGACAGUUCUCGAAGAAGUACCUGGAAUGUCGAAUGGAAAAGUGAGUGAUGUUUCUCAACCCAUCAUCUGGUAACUUGCUCCUUAGAAUUGUAUUGUGGUCAAAUAGGAGCAGAUAGAUCUCUUAUGCAUCAGUAUAUGCCUACGUGCUAAUAAGAAGUUAUGGUCAAUGGUUAAAUAAAAGGGAAGUUAUGAUCUUUCCACACUGAGGCUCGAAAACGUGGAGUCAUAAAGAGUACUUUUAAUUGUUAAUGUAUAUCACAGUAGCUAUAGUUUUAGCUUAAAAGCUAACAUUUUUACGUCCUUACUCUCAAAAUAUAGUUUUCUAUUUUGA